AUGGCGGCGGAGCUCGUUCACCUCCUCCGCUAUCUGUUCUCGGUACCCAUGCUGUUCUUCAUCGUCCCCCUCCUCUUCCUCGUCUGUUCGCCGCGGCGCCGCCGUGGCCGCGGCAGCUGCAGGCUCCCGCCGUCGCCGUGGGCGCUCCCGGUGGUCGGUCACCUCCACCACCUGGCGGGCGCGCUCCAGCACCGCGCCAUGCGCGACAUCGCGCGGCGCCACGGCCCGCUCGUGCUGCUCCGGCUCGGCAGGCUCCCCGUCGUCGUCGCCUCCUCCGCGGACGCCGCGCGCGAGGUCAUGAGGACGAGCGACGUCGCCUUCGCGGCGCGCCCCGUCAACCGGAUGAUCCGGGUGGUCUUCCCGGAGGGAUCCGAGGGGGUCAUCUUCGCGCCCUACGGCGAGACGUGGAGGCAGCUCCGCAAGAUCUGCACCGCCGAGCUUCUCAGCGCCAGGCGCGUCCAUUCCUUCCGGUCCGUCCGCGAGGAGGAGGCUGGCCGGAUGCUCCGGGCGGUGGCGUCGGCGGCGGCGCAGACGACGGUGAACCUCAGCGAGCUGAUGUCGGCCUACGCCGCCGACUCGUCGGCGCGCGCCAUGAUCGGGCGGCGGCUCAAGGACAGGGACACGUUCUUGGCGAUGGUGGAGCGCGGGAUCAAGCUGUUCGGCGAGCAGAGCUUGCCGAACCUGUACCCGUCAUCGCGCCUCGCCGUGCUCCUCAGCACAAUGCCUCGCCGGAUGAAACGGCACCGCGAGAGAAUGACGGCCUACCUGGACGCCAUCAUCGAGGAGCACCAAGAGAGCAGAGCGUCCCGGGAAGACGACGAGGACUUGCUCGACGUGCUUCUCAGGAUCCAGAGAGAAGGUGACCUGGAGGUAUCCAGAGAAAGCAUCAGAUCAACGAUCGGAGACAUGUUCAUUGGGGGCAGUGAGCCACCGGCCAUAACACUGCAAUGGAUUAUGGCUGAACUCAUCAGAAACCCAGAAGUGAUGCAAAAGGUACAAGAUGAGGUUCGACAAUUGCUUGUUGGACAGCACAGAGUCACAGAGGAAAGCCUAAGCAAACUGGGUUACAUGAACUUAGUCAUCAAGGAGACGCUACGGUUGCACCCUCCAGGACCACGACUACUAUUGCGAGUGUGCCGAACCACUUGCCAAGUGUUAGGAUUUGACGUUCCUAAAGGAACAAUGGUGCUGGUAAAUAUGUGGGCUAUAAACAGGGACCCUAAAUAUUGGAGCCAAGCAGAAGAGUUUAUUCCAGAGAGAUUUGAGAAUGCUGGUAUUAAUUUCAAAGGAACAAACUUUGAGUAUAUGCCAUUUGGAGCAGGGCGACGCAUGUGUCCUGGGAUGGCGUUUGGUCUAGCAACGUUAGAGCUCGCACUUGCGAGUCUCUUGUACCAUUUUGACUGGAAGCUACCCGACGGGGUAGAGAUUGACAUGAAGGAGCAAAGUGGGGUCACAACACGGCGAGUACACGACCUUAUGCUUGUUCCUAUCAUCCGAGUGCCAUUACCAGUGUAG